AGGGGUAUAUGUUUGCACCCUUUCUUUCUCAUAAGAAAAUAGGAUUUGAUGGCGAAUAUGGAGUUGAAGACUGCCUAUGGAUUUAAUGGAAACAAUAUAUUAUAUAAUGCUGUGGAUCCUGAUCUUGGAUGUGUGUGGACUGAUGGAGAACGUGUUUAUCUCGGUACAAUAUCAGACAGUGAACCUGAGAUAACGUCAAUGCAUGAGACAAAAACACUUGGAAAAUUCAGUGAUGUUACAGGAUGUUCAUGGAGUCCAUGUCAAACAAUGGGAACACACUUCCUAGCUGUGCAGCAUAAGACACAUGCAGUCAUCUGGGCAGUAGAAUCAAGGACGUCUGUCAGCAAUCCUGAGUUCAAGAAGCUACACACAAUAGAGCACCGAGAGCAUGGAAAAGGUUGUGUAUGGCACCCAAAUCUGCCACUCAUUGUAGUCUUCACUAAGUCUCAGGUAAUCCUCUUCAGCAUCAAGAGUGGAAAGACCAGUACUGUUUUGGACGAUGGACUGGACAUUACUGCUGCAUGCUGGACACUGGAUGGACGUCACCUGAUUCUGUCUAAUGGUAAUCAACUCAAAAUAUAUGGAAUGAAUACUGAAUCUGAGGCUGUCACAAGUAUGGAGUCAGUCUUCAUGGAAAGAAACCCUGGUUCUGUGUGCUCUCUGAUGCCCAUCUCAAAUCACAUCAUUGCCAUAGCAACAGAACUACCACUGCAGAAGAUAGUCACCGAGCUUUCCCCUGACCUGUUUUCACCAGAAAUUUCCAGGAAUGAUUUCCAGGGGAAGGACAUUCCUAAAACUUCUCAUUCUGUGAUUGGUGAGAACAGGUCCAGUUUGCCUCUUAGUCCCAGCCAUUCCAAUUUGGACUGUGAGGUAAAGAAACUGAAUGCAAAUGGUAACCUUGAAUCCUCUCAUACCAAAGGAAAUAAAGUAGAUUGUUCAUCUUCCACUGAACUAGAUACCCAUGAUAAUUUAUUGCAAUCCCCUAAUCAUAGAGGUAGCCAUGGCAACUGUUCUACAGAAGAUGGCAAAUCUCUUGCAAGCAGGAUAGUGGAGGAAGCAUUGAAAAAGAAGACAGGGCCGAUAGACAUGAUGGACAUUCUGGCCCUGACCAAAGAACGUGGAGUUGGUAAUGUUGCCGAUACUACAACUAGGAAUGUUGAAAGGCACAUGGAAAGCAACAGUACUACUCUCAACAGUACUAAUUCGGAUGAAACAAAGGAUCGUCCAAAGCAAAUGGCUCCUGCCAUGAACAUCCAUCAGGUCAGGACUAGUAUCUACCAGGCUGAAUCCAGUGAUGAAAAGCCACACUAUCACUUAACCAAAGACUUGAAAUCAGAAAGUACUAAUGGAUCUCAUGUGAUUACAAGAGAAGGUGUCAACAUGAAAGGAAGCAAGAUUCAGUUUUUGAAUGGUAGGAAGGAAAACGUGUCUUCAAAUGACAGUGGAAACAAAAUGGUGGAUCUGACUCACUUGAAAUCACAUGGUACAUUCAGAGUUCCCCAGUUCAAGCAGACAAGAGAGCCUGGGGCAGACAGCUGUGCAAGAUUAACAUUACUUGAUGUGAAGAGCAAGAAGUUUGUUUCUCAUAUUGAUCUACAUGGUAUCAUCACACCUUCUAUCAUACAUUAUCAGCCAAAUAGAAGAGUAAUAGUCAUCGCUAGUCACAGCAAAAGAACACUCUCCCUGUAUUCUUUCAAUGAAUCUACAUUACAGAGGUUGCCACAAACAAUUGAGCUUGGUGAGACUGAGAGGCCUGUGGGAGUGUGUUCCAUACCUGACAUAGAGGGCAGUAUUCUAGUCGCUGUGACAAAGCCUAUUUCAGAUGAUGGUUCUUUCAGGGGUUUUCUUCCAUCUUCUUCUCAGGAGAAAAGGCUUCUAUCUCUCAAGAUUCUUGAUCUACCUACAGGCCAAACUACAAGUGCCAAAGCUGUUGAUAGCACAUCAUCCUAUGAUGAAGGAGCAACCUCACAUCCAGGAGAUGCUGAUGAUGAUGGUCUCCAAACACUGCUCCUACCUGGAGGAUUGCCUUUCAAUGCAAAUGGAAAAUUCCUGGGAAAGAGGUUGGGGAUUGAAGUGCUAAAAGAGAAUAAUGAACAUGAUGAUGUAUCUAAAGACCCGUUAAGUGGGCGGAAGUUAGACGUGCCUACGAAAGAAACCCACAGUUGCUUGUAUCCAACUCCUGAAAAUGCUGCAUAUGUUACACUCAGGUUAAUCAGGGAUAGUCAGGUCUUCCAGAAAUGUUUCCUCCUUCAGUCCGGCUUGCUUCCUCUUCAACCAAUACUUGAUGUCUUCCACCUGAAACAGGCUGAGUUCAAUGUUGGAUCUCGCUGGAUUGUGCUUUCAGCAGACAAAGAGGGUGUAGUUCCUCUUAGAUUCAAUGCAGGAUCAUCCUAUGAUAUCCGUGAAGCUGCUCUGUCAAACUCAUCAAGAUAACACCAUCUUUACCAUAAAACAACAUCAUCUUUAUCAUUUCCCCCUUCUCGUUAUAAGAAUUGAGAUAUAAAUGUGAAUUAUACAUCACUGUAUAACUUUACAUCAGAUUGAGGAAUGCUAUAUUGAAUGCAAUUCGAUUUCAGUGUGAUAAAUUUUUCCCUUCUGAAGAAAACGAUUGGGAUAUACAA